CAUCCACCAUCCUUUACUCUGACCAAGCAACAAACUAACAAACAAUCUUAUAUAGUACUCAUCACUCUUCUCUCUCACACUCUUCUAUAACCGUCACAACAAUUUUCCCACCGUUUCCCCUCCACGUGUCAUUCUUCUAUUCGUCUGUUUCGAGCUCAUUAGGUCACCACCACCGUCACCAAUUCCAAAACAAAGUUCCAUAUAUAUUGUUGGGAUUGUUCCAAUAUCAUAGAUAGAUACCAAUUCAUAAUGAAUGAAAAUGGCGUUGGAAAGAGACCAAGAACUCAAGAUGAUAGAUUGUCCUAUGAACCUCAACCAACCAAAAGAGUUAUGACGACCUACCGCGACAUAAUUAGGAUGUUGUUCAUGAAACCCUCGGCGGUGGAGGAGCAAUGCUCUUCCACCGUCACUUCAGAUGAAUCCUCCACAUCUUUUUACUCCUCGAAUAACAACCUAAAUCUAAAUAGGAUCACAGAUGGAGAGGUUGAUAGCGCUGCUGCUGCGCAAGCUGGAACGUCGCGCCACUGCGGUGAUCAAACUAUAAGAAGGAGAGAGAUGGGUCUCACAAGAGCAGAAGAAGAGGAAGAGGUGGAUUCUCAUUCAAUGGAGAAAAAGAAGAAGAAGCCGCAAAAUAUGCCAGAAGAAUCUGAACUUGAUGAAUUUUUCUCUGCUGCUGAAAAAGAUAUCCAGAAACAGUUUCAGAACAAGUAUAACUACGAUAUUGUGAAGGACAUGCCACUAGAAGGACCUUAUGAGUGGGUUCAAUUAAAGCUAUAAAAUUACCCCAUUUAGUUCUAUUUGAAGGAAGAGGGAUGAUAUUAUAAAUGCAAUUUAAAUUUCCACUUGCUGACAUUAUUCUUAGUUUGAUUUUACUUUAGGUGGUAUUUGAUUUCUAUUCAGAGUCCUAUUUUCAUGUAUGAAGUACCCUUUUGUUGGUGUGUACAGCUUUGUUUUUCUUCAGGGGCUAGUAACUAAGGACUUGGUUCCUAGUUUUUUUCUGUGUACGGUUUAUUACAUUGUUAUACGGAAACUAUUGUCCAGAGCAUAGUUCAGUAAAUUCUCUUGUUGGCGAUGACUUGUGUUGCAUCGACACUUCUGAUUGAAGGUGUGUUUGUUGUUUGACACUUACAUGAAACCAACACAUGUGAUUACUAUUCACAUUGAAUUA